AUGAGGAGGCGCUGCAGCUGGCUCUCGUCCCUCUUCCGCCCUCGCCGGGGCGGCCGCGCGCUCCCGCAACCAGAUCAACAGCGCCCCGAUUCCGAGCCCGAGGUAGUAGAUAAACGUGGUGCUUCUACCGAAGUUGUCAUGGAGAACAUUGUGUUGAACAGUGAUUUUUCCGAAGGUCUACAUUUGUGGCAACCAAAUAGUUGUCAUGCAUUUGUAGCUGUUGAAGGAUCAGGCUACCAUUAUGGUGUAAGACCGCAUUCAGGAUCAAGCUAUGCUGUUCUUACAAAUCGCACACAGAGUUGGCAGGGGCUUGAGCAGGACAUAACGGAAAAUGUCACCCUUGGUACUGAGUACUUUAUUACUGCAUAUGUCAGAGUUCAUGGGGAAGUUCAUGAGCCUGUUGGAGUUAAGGCCACUCUCAAAUUUGAGGAAGAGAGCUCUUCUACCAACUAUAUUUCUAUUGCAAGGAUUUUGGCCUCACAAGAAUGCUGGGAGAAGAUGGAAGGUUCAUUUAAUCUAACAUCUAUACCAAGACGCUUAGUGUUCUACCUUGAAGGCCCCCCACCUGGUGUGGACUUGCUCAUAGAUUCAGUCACCAUCUCCUACAAGAAAACAGAGAGGUCUGUUUCUUCAACGAUUGGCGGAACAGAGAACAUCAUUUCAAAUUAUGAUUUUUCAAAAGGCCUUCACCCUUGGAAUCCCAUCAGCUGCCAUGCAUAUGUGGCAUCACAAUGGUCUGGUUUCCUUGAUGGUAUUAGAGGGAACACAGGAGCGAACUAUGCUGUUGUUUCGAAGAGAACAGAGCACUGGCAAGGUCUUGAACAAGAUAUUACAAAUAGAGUGUCUACAGGCACUGCUUAUGUAGUUUCCGCCUUCGUUAGAGUUGAUGGGAAUGUCCAAGGCCAAGUUGAAGUCAAAGGAACCCUUCGGCUGCAAAAUACAGAUGGAUCAACACACUAUAGUCCUGUUGGAAGUGUGUUAGCCUCAAAAGAAAAGUGGAACAAAUUAGAAGGUUCCUUUUCUCUGACAAACGUGCCAAAACAUGUCGUAUUUUAUCUGGAAGGACCUCCUGCUGGUGUGGAUCUCAUCAUUGAUUCUGUUAAUAUUACUUGCUCUGGACAUAAGCAGUCAAAAGAAGUAAAAGUAACAAGUGGGGUUGAGACUGUAAUUAAAAAUCCUCACUUCGAAGAAGGGUUAAAAAAUUGGUCAGGAAGAGGAUGCAAUAUCUGCAGACAUGAGUACACUGCAUAUGGCAAUGUCUACCCCUUAAAUGGCAGUUAUUUCGCUUCAGCAACUGGACGGGUCCACAAUUGGAAUGGUAUCCAGCAAGAAAUCACCGGCAGGGUGCAGCGAAAAGUUCUUUAUGAGAUUAGUUCUGCUGUUCGAAUAUUUGGGAGUGCCAAUGAUACUGAAGUCCGUGUCACUUUGUGGGUACAAGAAUAUGGUCGUGAGCGAUAUGUAGGCCUUGCCAAGAACCAGGCUUCUGAUAAGCAAUGGACACAUUUGAAAGGAAGGUUCCUCCUUCAUGCUCCCUUUACCAAAGCUGUUAUUUUCAUAGAAGGGCCUCCUGCAGGAAUUGACAUUCUUGUAGAUGGUCUUGUAUUAUCAUCAGCAAGGAAGCUCCAGGCCGCACCAUGCCCAAAAAUUGAGAAUGUUCUGUAUGGAGCUAAUCUAUUACACAAUAGUGCUUUCACUCGUGGGCUUGCUGGCUGGAGUCCCAUGGGUUCAUGUCGAUUGAGUAUCCAGACUGAAGCACCCCAUAUGCUAUCUUCUAUCUUGAAGGAUCGUGCAAGUCAGAAACAUAUAAGCGGUCGUUAUAUCCUUGCGACAAACCGUACAGAAGUUUGGAUGGGUCCUUCUCAGGUAAUAACUGACAAGCUAAGGUUGCAUGUCACUUACAGAGUAUCUGCUUGGGUACGAGCUGGGACUGGGGGACAUGGACGUCACCAUGUAAAUGUUUGUCUUGCUGUGGAUAACCAAUGGGUUAACGGUGGGCAAGUGGAAGCUGAUGGGGAUCAAUGGUAUGAAAUCAAAGGAGCAUUCAAGCUUGAAAAACAGCCAUCGAAGGUUACUGCAUAUGUUCAGGGCCCUCCUCCAGGUGUUGAUCUCAGAGUCAUGGACCUUCAAAUAUAUCCGGUCGACAGAAAAGCACGGUUUGAGUAUCUGAAGGAGAAAACAGACAAGGUAAGAAAACGUGAUGUUGUUCUGAAGUUCCAAGGAUCAAAUGCAGUGAAUCUUUUAGGUUCAUCUGUGAGGAUACAACAGACCGAGAAUAGCUUUCCAUUUGGAUCAUGCAUAGCGAGGCACAACAUUGAGAACGAGGAUUUUGCUGAGUUUUUCGUGAAGAACUUCAAUUGGGCUGUAUUUGAGAAUGAAUUGAAAUGGUACCAUACUGAAGCAGAACAAGGACGGCUUAAUUAUAAGGAUUCUGAUGAGUUGCUCGAAUUUUGUGAGAAACAUAAGAUACAAGUUCGUGGUCAUUGCUUAUUUUGGGAAGUGGAAGACGCCGUCCAACCUUGGGUUCGGUCAUUGCAAGGCCACCACUUGAUGGCUGCUAUCCAAAAUCGUUUGCAAAGCCUACUGUCAAGGUACAAAGGUCGCUUUAGACAUCACGAUGUUAAUAAUGAGAUGCUUCAUGGGUCUUUCUAUGAAGAUAGAUUGGGAAGGGACAUUAGAGCUUAUAUGUUCAGAGAAGCACAUAAGCUCGAUCCUUCUGCUGUCCUAUUUGUCAAUGAUUAUAACGUUGAAGAUGGAUGUGACACCAAAUCUACCCCCGAGAAAUUCGUUGAACAAGUCGCUGAUCUCCAAGAACGUGGUGCCCCAGUUGGUGGGAUCGGCGUGCAAGGCCAUAUCAGCCAUCCAGUGGGAGAGAUCAUAUGUGAUUCCCUGGACAAGCUCGCCAUACUGGGUCUCCCUAUCUGGAUUACUGAGUUGGAUGUGACAGCAGAGAACGAACACCUACGAGCUGAUGAUCUAGAGGUGUCCCUCCGCGAAGCAUUUGCGCAUCCUGCUGUGGGGGGAAUCAUCCUCUGGGGAUUCUGGGAGAUGUUUAUGUUCCGGGAGCACGCGCACCUGGUCGAUGCCGAUGGGACAAUCAAUGAGGCUGGAAGAAGGUACCUUGCCCUGAAACAAGAGUGGCUGACCCGUGUGAAUGGCAAUGUCAAUCACCAGGGAGAGUUUAACUUCAGAGGAUACCAUGGUUCCUACACGAUGGAAGUGGACACGCCUUUAGGAAAGGUAGUGAGAUCAUUUGUUGUCGAUGAGCAUAGCCCGGUUCAAGUGAUUACUUUGAACAUUUAGACUUCAGAAGUGAAGUUUGUGCUGUAUAUUACUAAGGCAGUGAGAUGUACCCUUUGGACACCUAGUGUUUAGCGUGUGUUUGGUUUAGAGAUGGGUAUCCUUAUUUUUAUGGGUUGGGUCAAAUUUAUUAUGUGUUUGGUUGCUGGGUUAGUUUGGUUCCAGUUUUUUGUUUGGUUGCUAAGGAUAUAGCAAGGAUAUAGACGUGGGUUGGAGUGGACAUGUUAACACCGUUAAA